AUGUUGCUUAUAACUCGUCUCGCCGCCGCAGCCACGCUGGGGCUAUCCUUGAUCGAUUUCGCAGCUUCGCUCUCUGGGCGGAUCGUACACGAAUCUCGUAGCGCCGUCCCGGCUGGCUGGGCGCCUGUCCGACGCGCUGAGCCACACUUGAUUCUGCCUCUGCGCUUUGGCCUUGCGCAACCAAACCUCGAGAACAUCGAGCAGUACCUCCUUGACGUCUCCCACCCUGCGUCCCCAAACUAUGGCAAACACUGGAGUCCUGCGAAGGUUGCCGAAACGUUUCGCCCGGCUGCUGAGAGCGUCGACGUCGUGCGCGAGUGGCUCGUUGACAGCGGGUUGGAGGAGAAGCGCAUCAAGCUGAGCGAAAGCGGAGGGUGGCUGCAGGUCGCCGUCACUGUGGAGGAGGCCGAGGAUCUACUCGCAACCGAAUACUUUGUAUACCAAUUUGGCGAGGAAGGCAAGGCGGAGCACAUCGCAUGCGCGAAGAAAUACCAUCUUCCCGAACACGUUUCGAAGCAUGUAGAGCUGAUAACGCCAACUUUGCACUUUGACGUCAAACCCCAGCGCGGCCAGACACAGUUCGGAAAACGUAAUCAGCCUUCAGGCAACGCUCACUCCGUAGGCCAGCCGGGUUUUGGGCCAAGCUUCCCCAAGACCACCGGCACGAUCGAGAAAAUACUGACUGAACUCGUCGACUGCGACGAGCAAAUCACGCCUGUUUGCCUUCGUGCUCUGUAUAAUUUCGUGUACGAACCGCUUGUGCCCGAAAAGAACACAAUUGCGAUCGUCGAAUAUACCCCGCAAGCGUAUGUGCCGAGUGAUUUGGACAUGUUCUUUGCGAACUUCUCGCCAAGCCAAGUCGGGGAAAGGCCGGUUCUGUUCAGCAUUGAUGGAGGGUUCGUGCAAAGCAACCAGACCGGGUUCGGCUACAACGGUGAGUCGAACCUGGAUUUGGAGUACUCCAUGUCCCUUGUGGGCCCUACGCAGCCCGUGCAGCUCUACCAAACUGGAGAUGAUGUAGAAGGGGCUUCCUUCAACAACUUGCUCGAUGCUCUCGACGCGUCCUACUGCACGUUUGAAGGCGGUGACAGUCCGACAUAUGAUGCAACCUAUCCCGACCCCGACGGAGGAUACCAAGGGCCUCAGGCUUGCGGCACAGUUACACCAGCCUACAUCAUGUCAACGUCAUAUUCGUACAACGAGGCUGACCUGACGCCAUUCUAUAUGGAACGGCAGUGCACCGAGUAUGCGAAGCUGGGAUUGAUGGGAAUGACCAUCCUGUACUCUUCCGGAGACUUUGGUGUUGCCGGGUAUGAAAAUUCCUGUCUCGAGCCCAAUGGAACGCAAGCCAUCGGCGCUCCCAUAUUCAACCCGACCUUUCCUUCUACGUGUCCGUACGUUACCAGUGUCGGCGCGACGCAGGUCAGCCCGGGGAGAACGGUCUGGGAACCGGAGAGCGCUGCGGAUCAGGUCAUCUACUCCAGCGGCGGGUUCUCCAACGUGUUCCCGAUCCCUGAGUACCAAAAGGCUGUAGUAGAGAGCUACUUGAAGAACUACCCUCCGCCUUACCCAUCCUACCUCUACAACUCGACGGGCAGCUCGCGUGCAUUCCCUGACCUCUCGGCGAAUGGUGUGAACUACGUCGUGGCGCUGGACGGCACCUACUGGCUCGUCUACGGCACUUCGUGCUCCUCGCCUGUCACUGCUGCAAUCCUCUCCGCCGUGAAUGAUGCGCGGCUCGCCGAUGGCAAGGGGCCUAUCGGGUUCAUCAAUCCCACGAUCUACACGUCUACGUUCAUGGCCGCGUUUCACGAUAUUACGAAUGGCACUAACCCAGGGUGCGGCACCGAGGGAUUCUACGCUGAGCCAGGCUGGGACCCUGUCACCGGUGUCGGCACACCUGACUUCCCAAAACUUCUCGCGCUCUGGCUGGAGCUGCCUUGA